AUGGCUGAGAGGACACUGGAUCAGGGCUCGGUUAGCAUCCCCAUGGAGGAGACAAAACUCCCAGGAGGAGCACCCCAGGAGGCCCCUCUGCUCACCCACUUGAAGAAAGUGGAGAACCACAUUACAGAGGCUCAGCGCUUCUCCCACCUCCCACGCCGCUCUGCUGUGGAUCUGGAGUUCAAUGAGCUUUCUUACACCAUCCGGGAGGGUCCCUGGUGGAGGAGGAGAGGUUACAAGGCUCUCCUCAAGUGUCUGUCAGGACGAUUCUGCAACAGAGAGCUGAUUGGCAUAAUGGGCCCCUCUGGAGCUGGGAAGUCCACUUUGAUGAAUAUUCUGGCAGGGUACAGGGAAACCGGCAUGAAGGGCACCAUCCUGGUGAAUGGCCGGCCUAGGGACCUUCGGACCUUUAGGAAGAUGUCCUGCUACAUCAUGCAGGACGACAUGCUGCUGCCACAUCUCACAGUGAGGGAGGCCAUGAUGGUUUCUGUCCAUCUGAAACUGAAUGAGAGCAUGCAGGUCAAAAAGGAACUUGUGGAUGAGAUCCUGACAGCUCUGGGACUGCAGGAAUGUGCUCAGACACGGACCAACGCUCUGUCUGGGGGUCAGUGUAAAAGACUGGCCAUUGCUCUGGAGCUGGUUAACAAUCCACCAGUUAUGUUCUUUGAUGAGCCGACGAGUGGUCUGGACAGCGCAUCGUGCUUCCAGGUAGUUUCCCUCAUGAAGUCUCUGGCUCAGGGAGGACGGACAAUCAUCUGCACCAUUCAUCAGCCCAGUGCCAAGCUCUUUGAGAUGUUUGAUAAGAGGUAUUGCGUUGGAAACUAUGCUGAUAACUCUGUACCUGUGUUGCUCAUCCACCAGUUGUACAUCCUCAGUCAGGUCAUUGAGGUGGCAUCAGGAGAGUACGGAGACCUGAACCCAGUUCUUUUUGAGGCAGUCCAGGGUGGACUGUGCUCAGAGGAGGGCAAGAAGAACUCCAGAGACAAAAGUGACUCUUCGUGUCCCUCUCAGUGUCUCAGUGAUACAGGAACACUUGAGAAGCAUAGCUUUGCCACCAGUACAUUUACACAGUUCUGCAUCCUCUUCAAAAGGACUUUUACAACCAUAUGCAGGGACACGGUGCUUACUCAUCUGAGGGUGAUGUCCCAUAUUUGUAUUGGAGUCCUUAUUGGCCUGCUUUAUCUCAAAAUCGGAAAUGAUGCCAGCAAGGUCUUCAACAACACCGGUUUCCUCUUCUUCUCCAUGCUGUUCCUCAUGUUUGCUGCACUGAUGCCUACAGUACUAACCUUUCCCCUGGAGAUGUCUGUGUUUUUAAGGGAACAUCUGAACUACUGGUACAGCCUGAAGGCCUAUUACUUGGCCAAGACUAUGGCUGACAUACCAUUCCAGGUGAUUUGUCCAAUCAUGUACUGUAGUAUAGUUUACUGGAUGACGGAGCAGCCUCCUGAGGCUGGUCGCUACCUGCUCUUCAUGGCCUUGUCAACAUCUACAGCCCUGGUAGCGCAGUCACUGGGCCUGCUCAUAGGGGCAGCAUCCACAUCUCUGCAGGUAGCAACUUUUGUGGGUCCAGUCACAGCCAUACCCGUCCUACUCUUCUCUGGCUUCUUUGUCAAUUUUGACACCAUUCCAAAAUACCUGCAGUGGAGCUCUUAUGUGUCCUAUGUCAGGUAUGGUUUUGAGGGAGUAAUACUGUCCAUCUACGGGAUGAACCGGUCUGAGCUGGAGUGUCCAGACACUUCGUGUAAAUUUCAAAAGCCAGAAGAGGUCCUGCAGCUACUGGAUGUGGAGGAUGCAAAGCUUUAUGUGGACUUUAUGGUGUUGGGGGUUUUCUUCCUCGUCCUCAGACUGGCCACCUACCUGGUUCUUCGCUACAAAGUAAAGUCAGAGCGUUAA